AUGCGCGAUCGAAUUGCCAGCCUUGAGAGAGCUAAUAUAGCAGUGUCAGAGCGUAGAAAACGUAAGAAAAAGCGGAUACAGAAGCGUGGAGUCCUUACAAAGGGAGCUGGCGAGGAUCUACUCGCUCAGCGUGAGGCUGAUCAGCAGAUUGCUCAUGAAGAGCGUCAAGGAGGAGAGCGAUUAGGUGUUAGCCGCCAGGCUCUUGCGCGCUGUAGUAGGUGUAGGGAGACUGGUCACAAUGCACGUACAUGCAAGAAAGAUACUUUAGAUAGUACUUAA